AUGCUGCCCCCCCCCCUGGCCUCGCUCUCGCUAGUAGUUGAUCGACCCCCUGCUGGCCGGAACCUGCUGGCCAGAGCCAGCCGAGCCACGCUGCAAUUUCCGACUGCCAACCUGCUGUGCCAAGCAAAGUCGGCGGCGUGGGAGGGAAGCCCAGCCAACGGUCAGGCUGGCGAAACACGACAAACAACACUUUCCGCUCCGCAGCGACCUUGCCCGCCCACAAUCGGUCCCGACGCUCGACUUUGCCGACGCACCCAUCCUCCUCAACAACAACAUCUUCAUCCCCAUCCUCGUCAUCACCAUCGGCAGCAGCGGCGUCGGCAUCAGCGGCACAUCGUCAUUCCCGUCAAGCACGCACCCGACGCGGGCCCCGAUUCCGUCGCCCCCUCCCGUUCUGCCCCCCCCCCCCCCCCGAUUUCCGCGGACCUGACAAUCUCCUCGUCCGACCUUAUCCCCGACCCUUCCUCGUCCGUCGGCCGUCUCACCCACCCGCGCUUGUCCUCCUCGAACGAACGAAGCGAUGCCCCUUGCCUAACCCGCUCGAUGCCUGCAGCCGCCAUCGCCAGCAGCGUCGCUCCCGCCCCCCUCGUUGCCUAG